AUGAUCUGCACCACCUUCGCCUUCGCUGUGAUCAGCAUUUUCACGCUCGCCUCAACCGCUCCUCUCCCCAUCCGCCCCCGCUCCCCAGCAGCACAAAACACCUACAUCACCUACCGCGGCGACGGCUCCCCCGCCGCCGGCUGGCCAACCCGCACCCAAUGGCUAACCUUCGAAGAAGCCUGGACCGCCUCCCUCCCCACGAUCCAAAACUCCUGCACAGCCCUCGCCUCCGGGCCCAACAACGACGCCAGCGAAACCGCCGCCAUAAAAUCCAGCAUCGCCCACGAAGCAGCCUCAUCGCUCAUCCCCGCGGAAUUCAUCCUCGCAAUCCUCAUGCAGGAGUCCAGCGGCUGCGUGCGCGCCCCGACAACCCUCUGGCAGCACGCGAACCCGGGACUCAUGCAGACGGCCAUGGGGCGCGCGUCGUGCAACGUCGAUGGCGAGCCUGUUGUGCCGUGCCCCGAGGAGACGAUUGCGCGUAUGAUUCAUGAGGGGACUAGUACGUCGAGCGGGCUGGGGACGACGCUGGAGAGCUGUGUUAAGGAUGCUGGUGCUGGUGUUGGUACCCAGGAUGAUGGUGUGUGGUAUAGGGCGGCGCGGAUUUACAACGGCGGGCAUGUUGAGGGUGGGGAUUUGGGCGUUGGGCCCACGCCGUGCUAUGCGUCGGAUGUGGCGAAUCGGUUGGUGAGGCCGUUUGCGCAGAGUGGGUGUGAGGCUGCGGGCUUGCUGGUGCGGAGUGAUGGUGAUGAGGCGCCGGAGGAUGGCGGUGUUGAGUUGGCGCCUUUUGAUGCGAGGGUGCAGCGUACGAUUGGUGUUUAG